CCAAGUCAAAUUCCUUGUAUGUCUGACAUAUUAUGGCAAUAAAUGUUUCCUGUUUCCUAGCUUCACCAGCACAAUGAAACCCUUCUUUAUUUCUCUGCUUCUCCUGGAGUUUUUUCUACAUGAAUCGGCUCAAUGCACCGUCCAAGCCUCAGAGUUUCACCUGGAAGGAGAUUAUUUGUUGGCUGGACUUUUCAACAUUCACCAUGAUAGUUCUCCUGUUGUACAAGACCGACCAGAAGCCGUUGACUGCUCCGGUAAACCCUUCAUUCUUUCAAGUUAUCUGAGGUUUCAGUUGAUGAGAUCCUCUGUAGAGGAAAUCAAUAACUCCACCGACCUCCUGCCAAAUGUGUCUCUCGGAUAUGAGAUAUUUGACCACUGCUCAGAAUACAGUUUUCCAAUCAUCUUUAAACUUCUCUCAGUUGAUGGCUUGAUCCAACCUUGGGCUGAACCACCCAAGAAUCUGUCCAAAGUCAUGGCUGUGGUCGGCACUUAUACGAGCACUCAGGCACUGACUGUCGCCCCGCUGUUCAUGAUGGAUCUCAUUCCGAUGGUCAGUUACGCAGCUUCAAGUACGGUAUUUUCAAGAAAACAGAAUUUCCCCUCUUUCCUACGAACAGUUCAUCCCAAUAAAGACGUCAUAGAAGUGAUUGUUAAUAUUAUGCAACACUUCAACUGGAGCUGGGUCGCAUUCCUUCACAUUGAUGAUAAUUAUGGAAACGAUGGCCGGGAAUUGUUCAUAAAGAAAAUUGAUGGCACUGAGAUUUGCCUGGCAUACACCAAAGGCCUUGAUCAACAUACGAAUUAUUCACAAGUAUUCAGACAGAUAGAGAAACAGAAAAUAACCACUAUUAUUGUUUUUGCUCCUGAAUGGACUGCUGAAGCUCUCAUUAAAUCAGCAAUACAACAAAACGUCACCAACAAGGUGUGGAUAGCAGGAGAUGCAUGGUCCUUAAACAAGGAGCCCCCCAAAGAGAAAGGAAUACAAAAUAUUGGGACGAUACUGGGGGUCUCUGAACCAAAAGUUACAAUACCUGGUUUCAGUGAUUUUAUCCAUCACUCCAAAGGCCAGACUCACUGUGAAAAUGCAGAACAAAGUAUGUUUUACAAUCAGGUUUGCAAAUGCAGCAGCCUGAAACCAGAAGAAAUCCUCAAUGUGGAUCCAUCUUUUAAUUUUCCUGUUUAUGCUGCUGUACAUGCCAUCGCCCAUGCCUUACACAAUACCUUGCAAUGUGACUCAGGCAGAUGUAACAGGAAUAUUACAGCGUACCCAUACAUGGUUCUAGCAGAGCUGAAGAAGUCAAACUUUACACUUUUAAAUCAAAGUGUCACAUUUGAUGAGAAUGGUGACCCCAACUAUGGAUCCUAUUCUAUAGUUUUCUGGAACCAAAGCGCUGACGCACAGGAGAUUGGCUUUCAUAACUUUUACCCAAACUUGUAUUUCUUCAUCGACAACAGCAAAAUUCAGUGGAAGACAAAGGAAGUGCCUACUUCACGGUGUUCCCAAGAAUGUGAUGAAGGAUCCAAAAAAAUGCCAGAUGGAAUCCACAGAUGCUGUUUCAAAUGUGAAAUCUGUCCAAAGGGCACUUAUUUCAACAAAACAGGCAAAUUUCUUUCUGACUUUCAAACUUGUUUAUAAAUAACUGAUUUCAGACAGAAGCAACAUGUGAGCACCGUGUCAUUCAUUCCACGGCGACUACACUAAAGAAAAAACGUAAAAGAAGGUCAAAUGACUGGCAGCAGCGGCUGCCAAACAAAAGAGGUCAAAUUAAGGUAAAACAACUUAAUUAAAAUGAAGUGCGAAAACCAUAAAUGUACAGGAAUUUUCCUUAACAAUUUUACAGAGGGAAAGAAAGGCUGCAGCAAAACUGAGGGUCAGGAGUUUCAUGCCUUUAGCUGAACAUCAAACAUUUGCAGAACAGAUCUCUGAGCUACCACUCAGAGAUU